AUGCAAACGUUAAUGGAUCACCUGCUGGACGCUCUCAGUUGGGCCAAUACGUUGGAGGGCAAUAAGCAGGACUCAGAGCUGGCCCAUCAAAGGAUCCACACAGGGGGAAAGCCACAUAAAUGCAUGGAAUGUGGAAAGAGCUUCAGUCAGAGUGGAUAUCUGCAUAUCCAUCAAAGAACCCACACAGGGGCGAAGCCACAUAAAUGCAUAGAAUGUGGAAAGAGCUUCAGUCUGUGUGCAAAUCUGCAUACCCAUCAAAGGAUCCACACAGGGGAGAAACCACAUAAAUGCAUGGAAUGUGGGAAGAGCUUCAGUGAAAGUGGGACUCUGCGUAAGCAUCAAAGGAUUCACGCAGGAGAAAAGCCACAUAAAUGCAUGGAAUGUGGAAAGAGCUUCAGUCGCAGUGAAAGUCUGCAUACCCAUCAAAGGAUCCACACAGGGGAGAAACCACAUAAAUGCAUGGAAUGUGGAAAGAGCUUCAGUGAAAGUGGGACUCUACGUAAGCAUCAAAGGAUUCACACAGGGGAAAAGCCACAUAAAUGCAUGGAAUGUGGAAAGAGCUUCAGUCAGAGUGGAGAUCUGCGUACCCAUCAAAGGAUCCACACAGGGGAGAAGCCACAUAAAUGCAUGGAAUGUGGAAAGAGCUUCAGUCAGAGUGGAUAUCUGCAUAUCCAUCAAAGGACCCACACAGGGGAGAAGCCACAUAAAUGCAUGGAAUGUGGAAAGAGCUUCAGUCAGAGUGGAUAUCUGCGUAUCCAUCAAAGGACCCACACAGGGGAGAAGCCACAUAAAUGCAUGGAAUGUGGAAAGAGCUUCAGUCAGAGUGGAUAUCUGCGUAUCCAUCAAAGGACCCACACAGGGGAGUAGCUACAUGUCAUAUAUACUUGAGUAUAAGCUGACUGAAUUUAAGACGAGGCACCUAAUUUAGCACAAAAGCUGAGAAAACUUAUUGGCUUGAGUAUUAGUUGAGGGUGGGAAAUGCAGCAGCUACUGGUAAAUUUCGAGAAUAAAAAUAGAUAGCAAUAAAAUUACAUUAAUUGAGGCAUCUAUAGGUUAAAUGUUUCUGAAUAAUUGCAUAAAAUUGUAAUUUAAGAUAAGACUGUAACUCUGAUUAAAACCUUCUUCAGUGUAAAUGUGCUUAUGUAUCCCUCCAAUAAUAAUAAAUAGGGCAAAAUAAUAAUUGUAUUAAUAAUAAUUAGAGAAAAAUAAUAAAUAAUGAUAACACAAUAAAAUAAUAAAUGUAAUAGCAAUAGAGUAAAAUAAUAAAUGUAGUAAUAGUGAUAGAGUAAAAUAAUAAAUGAUAUAAUAAUAGAAUACAAUUUUAACUACAGUAUACAUUUUGGGGGAAAUGCUGUGUGUAUAUGAAUAAUAAAAAGUGGGAAAGACUGACUUGGGAAGGGGGUGAGAAAGAAGGAAAGGAAACGGAGGAAAAGUUGGAAUGGUUGGAGUGUUUGGAAAAA